GGCGCUUUUCCGGAAGUGAUUGGACUCGAUCUAUGUGGAAAUCUACAAUGUCAAAAUUAUUUACAUUUCUUGUUUACUUAAUUGAAGCCAUGGGUUAAGAGCCAGUUUAUAUUAAAUUAAUGAUGGCAGUGUUGUAACUGAAAGAAACUCAAACAAUAACAACCAAAGAUGUCUAAUUUCAUUCCUAUGGUUUCAGAAUCUCCACCUCCCUUGGAUGAGAAGACAUUUGACUGGGGGGAGGAUGAGGAAGAUUUUGGAACAUUUACUGGUGCUGACGAUAGUGCAUCAGAAAUAAAUAUAUCCAAUAAUGAAUAUGAUUCCGAUUAUAUCAAUGAUAAUGUUAGUACAAACAAAAAAAAUGGCAAACCAGUGUUAAAUCAUCAUAUAGGUUCUGAUAAAAGUGACAAUUUUGCCGACUUCAAAUCAUUCAACGAAAGUAAAAUUCAUACUGUGUCAAAACCACAAGUACAAAAAUUACCUCUGACAAAAGAUGAUCAUAUCAAUAAUGGUAACGGUGUAGAGAACACUGAUUCCAAUCUCGAUGGAACUGUUCUUCCAGGGGGCAUGAAACGUGAUUCUGAUUCUGGGAUGUUUAGCACAGAUAUUUCCCCUAUUCCAGUGUCUGAGGAGGGAACUAUUGAGUUAAAUAAUUGUGAUAAAACUGUUGAUUCCAUCGAUGAUGAUGAAACGGACGUGGUACCUGAAUUACCAACCGAUACUAAUGUGAAUGAUGAGAAUAUAAUCAGCGUUCAACAAUCACCACCAGAAUUAAACUCAGAUGUUGUACACACAGAUCAAAGUCUUUGCUCAAAAGAAGAAAACACGGGUAGUACAAUACCUGUAUCUUCAGUGAAUGUUAAAUCUAAGGCAUCAGUUGAUAACUUAGUUGAUUCGGACGAGGAAUUUGAUCAGUACAGCUCUCAAGCUUUGCAUUCCAUAUCGAAAGAGGCAGCUCAUUCCUCAAUCCUUUAUAGUCAUUCUGUUGACAAGCCAGAAAAUAUCACUCAAAAUAACACAUUAGAAACUGAUGAUAAUUUUGUAGACUUUGCUGAUUUCUCAGAUAAAACAAUAAAAUCUUCAAAUUGGAAAAGUUCUGAUAACAAAAGUAAUUCUGUGAUUUCAAAUAAUGAGGUAGAAAUGGAACUACCUUCAGAUAGUGAUACAAAUUCUGAGUGUAUAACCCAGAGUAAGCCUGUGGAAGUGAUAGAUACUGACAAAACCAGAGACAAUACUGCCGAUAGUGUACCACCAUUGAAGCUAAAAGCGCUGGAAAUAAGUUCAGAAGAUGAUGAUACAUCAACGACAGUGAACAAUGUAAAUAUCAAUCACAGUGAAGAAAUUGACGACCAGAAUAGUUUUGUUAAUGACAAUAUAGAAAAACCAGAAGAAAGUAAAAUUGUUAAUAAUGAAAAUUCAAAUGAUGAUGAGGAUGAUGAAUUUGCUGAUUUUAGUAAAGCAAAUGAAACAGAAUCACUGUCAGUUGACAACUCAAAUGAGAACGAUGAGAUAAAAGAUAGUGAAAACUCUGCACAAGAAGAUGAUUUUACAGAAUUUAGUAGUGUUCAGAAUGAUGUCAGUGAUAAUAAUUCAAAUAUUCAGACAGGUGAUAUUGUUACUUCUGUUGUCAGUAAUGAUGAUGAUGAUGAUUUUGCAGAUUUUAGCUCUGUGUCGUUUUCAGCAAAAUCAGUUGAUAAUGAUCAGCCCCAAUCGAAUGAUUGUGAAAAAGUGGUUGAUAAUAACAAUGAUGAUGAUGAUUUUGCAGAUUUUAGCUCGGCAACACAACCUACAGUUGAAAACAAUAAAACUGUAUCCAAUGAUGGUGAUGAUGAUGAAUUUGCAGAUUUUAGUUCUGUGACAUUGCCUAACAAAUCACAGAAUAAUGAUGAUGAUUUUGCAGAAUUUAGUAGUGCGAAUAUUAAUUCUGGUAGUGCCGUAAAGUCAGACUCAAUAAAACCUAUGUCUGUUAAUUAUGAGGAGGAAGACGACGAUGAUUUCGCAACACAACCUACAGUUGAAAACAAUAAAACUGUAUCCAAUGAUGAUGAUGAUGAAUUUGCAGAUUUUAGUUCUGUGACAUUACCUAACAAAUCACAGAAUGAUGAUGAUUUUGCAGAAUUUAGUAGGCCGAAUAUUAAUUCUGGUAGUGCCGUAAAGUUAGACUCAAUAAAACCUAUGUCUGAUAAUUAUGAGGAGGAGGAUGACGAUGAUUUCGCAGACUUUAGUGGCGCGAAUGUUGAAAAUCAGAGUCUAACAAAAUUUGAAGAUAAAAAGGAUAAUUUUGCAUCAUUUGAUCAAGCUAAAGUUGUAGAUGAGGAAGAUGAUUGGGGAAAAUUUGAUGAAGAUGAUGACUUUGAUACAGGUGUUACUAAGCAACAAGUUUAUAAACAACCGGAAGCAGUAAAAUCACAGGUGAAUGUAGUAGUACAGAUAGAUAAAUUAAAGACUGUAUUACAUGCAUGUUUUAAUACUAAUGAUGAUAAUAUAGUGAAGAAUCAGGACAUAUCUUUAUUAGAAAGUUUAUUGGUUGGUUCUAUAUAUCAACAACCUACUCAUAUCAAUAAUGGCCAAAAUUCAGAAAAGAAAGUUUUGAAACAGAUUUAUGACUAUGAUAAUACCAAUGCCUUAAUUUAUCAAUGGAAAAAAUCCCACAGCAAUGAUCAUUUAUUCAAAACUCUGAACAUAGACACACAGAAUAUGUUCUUUGGUUUAAAGAAACAAAGUGUACCAUUAUCUGUAACUAGUCUAACUAUACUGGAACCUAUUCGUGGAGCUAUUGAUAGUAAAAAAGAUAAAAAUAUUGCAGCAUUAGUUGAACCUAAUAAUACAGAAUCCAUCCCUCCACUUCAGGAUAUGCCUCCGGUUGAGUUUGACUGGGACAAUAGCGGUCUCACUAAUCCUCUAGAAGCAAAAACUCUGGAUCUAGAUUUUAUGGUGUUACAAGAAAAUGAAAACAGUAUAAAAACUGGAGAUGAAUGGGAUUGGGUUUUCCAGUCUGAAUUAUUAGAUGCACCUAGGUCGUCUGUGAAACCCAUGCAGCCUCUUGAAGAAAUCUUAAAGAAUAUGAAACUAACGACAACCACUGCUCCGACCACAGUCGCUAAAGAUGAAAAUCUUUCUAAAGAGGCAGACACAAUUAUAAACUCUCUACCUCUGCUUUCUUUUAUGAAGUCAAAGGUUUUAAUGUUCAGAUUGCAAAACUCAUAAACAAAAUAACAAAAAUUCCCACAAUUAACUUUUAAUUCCCUCAUAUUUGUUUUGUGUGGUGAUGGGGGAGGGGAGAGCCAUAGAUUAUCUUUAAAGAUAAAACUCAAUAAGGUUUGAAAGGAACAGUUCCAGGUUUUAUAAAAGGUAACAAUAUAGUUGGUUUACAUUGUCUAAAAAUUCUGAAUCAAAAUAUUGUACUGUUCUUAAAUCGACACUAGAUUUUCUUAACAGGGUUGUGUAAUCCAUUAAACGAAGCAUGUAGUUUACAGAUCUCAUUCGUACAUGUAUAUCAGCUGAUCUUAAUCCAAUUUGUGUGGAAAAUCUGGUUCCGUUCACAUACAAAUUUUAUGUUACUGCUUCAUUGAGAAAUAUGAACAUACAAGCCAGUUAUUAGAUCUCAUAUUAUAGUAAGAAUUGUGACCUAUAGUACAAAUCUUGUACAGUGUGGUUCAAUUCUUGUUUAUUUUUGGUUUGAUUUUCUUAAUGUGAGCAGCCUAAUUUUGAAAAUAAGUUCUUUAUUUAACCUGUAAACACUACCCAUUCAUUAUCUAUUUCGUUCAGUUUAGUUUAAAGUUAGAAUAGAAGUGUCUUUUUUUUACUGUAUCAUAAAAUACUCAGUUAUUUUACUAGAUCUAGGAAAUAACCACAAUACAAGUUAUUUGAAAUGAUAUAUUUAGUUACCCGUUUACCACCUAUUGACUGUGUCAUGUAAUAUUCUUGCCUACAAAAUGACAAAUGGUGACAUUUGAGCUCAGUAAACUAUUGAUUCAGAUAUCAAUGUUUAAAUAAAAAUAACAGUGUGCUGCUCUUAUUUCAUAAUAAAACAACUCAGUAUUAUGGUUUAGAAUACAUCUGUCCCAUAUUUCAAUGACAGACAAUUUACAGGUUGCAGGAGACAUGAUGGUUUUCUAACAUUUGUAUGCUCAUGUUAGUCUUUAAAUAUAUGACUGUUUAUAUUUUUAAUUAAAAUUAUGAUUAAGUUACAUUUCAAGAUCUGGGUUUAGUGAGAAUCACUAUCUUGGAAAGAAAUCAGUGUCCUUUUUGUAAACCAAGUAAUUACAAUGUAUUAAAACACCAUUUAAAAUUUAUGGAAAUCUGUGAGCAUUUAAAACAAUAUCUGGGUAUGAUGUGGGAUAAUUUUAGAAUAAGUGCACUUGUUAAUUGUUUGUGGUCACAGAGUCGAUAUGGAUUAACAAUGUACAUGUAUAUUUACAGUGUUGUAUUAAAUAUGUAUAUAUGUUAUUAAUGAAAGAAAGAGAUUGUAUGUAUUAGGAUAUAUUUAUGUUGUAUUUUGAUAUAAAUUAUAUAGUUCAUAUCCCAGAGUAUAUCUAUAAAACUAGACCAUAGUAACACUGUUAACAAGAAAUGUAUAGUUUGAUCAAAUGAAUAUGGGUACAGAUAUCAGGGGAAAAGAAGCUGAUUUCUAGGAGCUAAAAGUUUUUGAGUUAGGUCAAAAUAAAGUAUUGAUUUGGGUUAAUCGAAGUUUCAUUUCUGGCUGACUGGUUAUAUCUCAACACUGGCUUUAAAUAUAGAUAUCAAACUUUAAAUGAAGACUGAUUAUCAUUCCACAAAACAAAUCAACUUUUUAAAUCCAAUGAAAUCGACAAUUUACGUCAAUUAAAUCUAGACUAGUUUUGAUUCCCUGCUUGUAUAUGACAAGGAGUAGGAUCGCCUUUCCAACCUCGUGGGUUUUCUUUGGGUCUUCCAGUUUCUCCCCUAUUGCUAAAGACCCCUGCACACAAGCAAAUUAAUGAAAUAAAAUUGAACCAUAUGUUAGUCCCGAAAUGACCUAGUUUGUGUCAAGUGGGCGUUAAACCCCAUUUCUCUCUCUCAUUCUGAACUGAGUUAUGUCCAUUUGUAGAACAGUGUAGUCCCAAUUGUCAUGGCUACCAUUGUUACGAUAAUAAACUAAGUCUCGAUUAUUCAUUUUUUAAUUAAAUUAUUAACUGGCAAUUGUGUUGAAAAUCAAAACUAUCCGAUGGUGUAGAGAGUUGACUAUGAACUUAGCAUGUGGAUAAAUGUCUAAAUAAUAAAUUAUAUAACAUUUGAGGCCAAACGAAAGAUCUGAAUUAGGCAGAUUUAGCUCUUACAUUACAUCUUUAUAUAAUUAAAAUGUAUUACACUUCAUGAUUUUCUAUUGAAUAAUAGGAAUUGGGUGUCAAAUGGUUUCAGUGUUGAGGUCUUACACGUUUAGCUCAUCUUUUUUUUAAAAUUAUGUUUUAAUCUAAUCGUUUUGACAUUUUGCUUUUUUCUGAACACUUAAUCAGAUUUAAAUAUGAAUAUAAAGAAAAUUGUGUAAUCCAUCCAAUUUAAAUAUUACUGUAUAUUGUGUAAUGUUAUAUAUUUAAAUUAUUAUAUAUGUCUAUUAUAUAAUGUUAUAUUAACAAUUAAAAGAUGUUAAUAUAUUAUACUUGAUUCCUCUAUGUUAUGUUUUGUGCAAUAGUAGGUUGUGUAGAUAUGGUGCAAAUAUAGGUAUAGAUAUAUCAUAUUGUUAUUAUUACAUAUGUCAUACUCUGUGUGUAUAUAUAUUGUCUAAAUUCGUUACAAUGCUUUAAGUAUUCUCAGAUUAAUAGAUUGAUGGUUUUUUUAAAGAUACAUUCCCGCGUACAAACUGGGUGAUUUGAUGAUAUAUUUGGCCUAAAAACAUAUUCAAACUAAUUAAUUUAUCAUAAAUUUGCUUCAAUUCCUUCUGAAAACAUUGUAAUUGUCAUGGAAUACCCAUGCUAUAAAAAAAUCGAUCAAAAGAGGUCAUGUUUGUGUCGGAGGAGAAUUCAUUGCAUACACAAGACGAUGUUGUCUUUGGAUUAUCCACUGCCCGCGUCUUUUUCCGUGAUUUUUAUCUCAGAAAGUGUUGUACGUCUAACUCUUCAUAAAGUUUAUCAACAUGUACAUCAAGCACUCAAUCUCAGCGUGCAACCUUUGACGUUAAGCGUGCAGAUAUUCCUAAUCGUCGGGCUGUCGAUUAGGGCAACCCUGACAUUUUUGUCCUGUACGCUCCAUGAGUGUUUUUCAGGGAAUCCAGUAUUUUUCUAGUAAGAUUGGAUAUCUCUACUUUCCAUAUAUACAAAAUUGCCAUACCUUUAUUGGAAAUAACCACCCGAUAAAUACUUUUCUGGGAACCUUCUUUAAAUCAUUAUAAACUAUAAUCCAUUGGUUUUAUAAAACAUUCAACAGGUAAUUUCUUUAAAAAAAAAAUCAUUAGGAAAUUCUUAAUGAAUCUGGAUUUUGAAUGGUUAAAUUAAAUUACUAUUUUUUUACAUUUAUGCUGUUCACAAUUUGAAUUUCAAUAGACUUUUUAAAAAAAAAUAGUAAUAUAAUUUAACCAUUCAAAAUCCAGAUUCAUUGUUUUUUUUAAAGAGAAUUAAACAAUAUUGCUUCAAGUAUUCACAUGCACAUUUUAUUUUUUAGAUAAUGUUAAUACUGGGGAUCAUUAUUUAUUUGUAAGUGAAUUAAUUAUUUGUACAGGGUCAUUGAAAUCUUAUUUAUAUAAUGGUUGCACCAAGUUUCUAUCACAAGCGAAUCAUUAAUUUAAAUGUUCAGUGACAACAUUAUUGAAAGUGAAAUUUACAGUGUCAAAACAUGAGCUAAAUUUAAGAUUAAAAUUGAUGAUCCGUUAAACAACUAUUCUUUAAGAUCUUAAAUUAGGAUAUAAUUUUUAGUUGUUAAAUAUUUUAUUAGUCUGUAUAUAAUGUAAUUGUUAGAAAGUGUAUAUUAUGCUGAAAUUGUUAAACUUUAUAUAGAUUAUAUCUUUAAUGUAGAGGUUGUGUGUAUAUAAUCUAUGGUCAUUUUACUGUUUUAUUUUAAUUCUAGACAUACUUUACUAGUCAGUGGAUUGUUUUACUGACUAGCCUACAUUAUAAACAGAGUAAAGUUAUAUGUUAGAAGUCACCUGUGAUUUUUAUGUAGUGUUAAUGACAGUACUAUUUAAACUUUGAGGGAAUUGAUAUUCAAAUUCUUCAUGUACAAUGGAUUAAUUAAAUCUUAAAGUUCCUCCACUUUCAAAUAAUGAAUGUCUUGUUAUAUUAUGGAUCUUGUGAUUAGUCUAUGAUCCGUCAGUACAUUUACCUAUACAGAUCUACAUAUUCUUAAAAGAAUUUUUCUUCCUCUUAUCAUUAAGAUAAUACAACUCAUGGCUUUAGUUUGGAAAAUCACCCCUUGACUUAAUUAGGCAUAAUUAUAACAAAAUUUCAGAAUUUUAUAUUGAAAGAGCAGUAAUUACAUUUAUUUAAGACACAACAAGCCAGAUUGUUCACAUAUAUAUUAUUUCAAAAGUGAAAAAUACUAAUACUGGUCAUAUAUUUACUGCCAUAUUUGGAAGAAGAAAAAUUUAGGGCAGAAAGUUUGAUAUUUUGAAAUAGAUGAGUUGGGUUUUUUUCACACCUGAAAUGCUAUAGAAUAUAUAGAAUUUAUUAUUUAUGUUAAGACAGUUAUCAAAAAGAAUAUAUUUCUGUGAAAGUUUCAUCUUAUUAUGUUAAAUACACUGUUAUACAUUUUAGCUUUUGUUCACAAGAUCUUGCUUUAAUAAAACAAAAUUAGCAUUCCAUGUUAAAAUAAAUAUUGAAAUUUGA